GCCAUCCAUAAUUCAUCUCUUCUCUUACGAUUCAUUUAGAGAUUCAUUUUUGUUCCAAAAUCCAUAGAACGGCUGCUCUACUCAUCUGAAUAUGUCAUUCAGUGCGAAGGAGCGCAAGAACCCGCCACCGAGACGCAAAGCGUGCGCAGCGUGUAUCAAAGCCAAAAGAAGAUGCGAUGCCGCCAUGCCAGCAUGUUUCCGAUGCGAACAGCGCGGAAUCACUUGUGACUAUGGGUCAGCACUACGGCGGAGUACCGCCAAAGCAAACGGAGCUCUGAGUCAACCUACGCCUCCUUCUGGACUUGGGUUAGACUGGGAUCCAACCAUUGUAUUGCCAACAGUGGCUAACAACGUGCUUCUGCCUACAUCUUUUGAUUUCCAAUCGCAGGCACCAGAGCUAUCUUUUACGAUGCCGAUAGAAGACCGCGGAGAAGCCCCCAAACUAGCACCUGAGCUGACACUGGCGGCGCCGUCGUCAAGGAAGCUAGAAUUUUCAUCAGAUAUUGCGCGGAACCGGUUGGGAUAUGCGUUGGAGUUGAUUCUUUCGGCGCCAAAGACGAUGGUGUCCGAAAUGCAGACUCCAUGGUGCCAUCCUUUACUCUAUAAAUACGGCAUGCCACGUUCUAUGCAAGAUGCAUUCUCAUCGUGUGCUUUAUACUUAUCCAAGAAUCCGAUAAAUUCACCCAUUAUAUUCUCUUCGAUAGACGGCCGCGUGGCAGACUUGAUUGCCGCCCCUCCGCCUACCACGUUUCUCGACAGUCUUGCACACACGCAGGCUCUCAUCUUGUAUCAGAUUAUCCGCCUCUAUGAUGGCGACAUCAAGGCAAGAAUAUCUGCAGAACUUCUUAUUCCCUUGAUGGAAAGGUCUGCUUUUCAUCUACUUUCCUUUAUCAACUUUGAGGACGACUUGUCCUGUCUUGCAGAUCUACCACUAUACCCGAUUCAACCCGCCCAAGACGUGUGGGAAUCAUGGAUCUUGCAAGAAUCCGCUCGUCGCACAUUUAUUCUUACUUUUUAUUUUGUACGGUCCUACCGCGUCUUGUCAGGCGUUCAAGACUUGCUCUGUGACGGAAAGCUUGGGUUAUGCCACUCUUGGAUUAUGUCGCUACCACUCUGGGGCGCAUCGUCUACCGUUGAGUUUGUAGAGGCAUGGAAGAACGACAUGUAUUUUGUUAUUGAGAAUGGUCAGUUUGGAAAGGCGCUUACCGAGGCCAAAAUUGGACAUGUUGAUACUUUCGGAAGGCUCUGGAUAUCUAGUUUGCUGGGCUUGGAGGAGAUGCAAGGCUGGCUGGUGUCACGGGGCGCACUACAGCCCGUUGUUGUGUAAUAUUUCCAAUAAAACAAUACUUGCAUUUGUACUAGGAGUCUAGGCAAAUAUUUC